UCUAGUGAUGUUGUCAAUCCUGGCAACAAUUUACAUGUUUCAGGCAUCAGUCUUCGUGUCGAAGAUCGUGAUUUAGAAGAACUUUUCUCCAAAUAUGGCAAGGUACUAAAAUCACAAUUGAUGCGUGAUCCUCAUACUCGUGAUCCAAGAGGUUUUGGAUUUGUCACAAUGGAAACUGCUGAGGAGGCAGAAGCUGCUAUUGCUGGUCUUCAUGGGACUGAACUGAUGGGCAAACCGUUAUCUGUUGAAAAG